CGCGUCCACCCCUACCAUAGGUAUCGGAGAUAGAGUACGACAUCACCAACACAUUCUACACGCAACCCUGCAGCUGUGAUACCCCUCCAAAUCAGUCAACAGCCCCACCAAGCAUUGGACGUGCCCUGCGUGCCGUUGUGAAGCCACCAUGCCGCGUACCUAUCAUACUGCACAGCCGAAGGGGAAAAGGGUGACCGACAAAUCCCUGUCCAACUUGCGACGAGGCUCAGCCCCACGCCUGCCGCCUCCACCUUCGCACGGCAAGGAGAAUGCCAACCCUACGAAACAGAUCAGCCAACUCAAAACGUCGUUGAAGCGAACGUCUGACCGACUCGUGAAGGUCACGCAGCAGCUCAAAGGGAAGAACCGACAGUUGAAGACCGAGAAGCAAGGUCGCCGACGCACGGAAGCCGGGAAGCGCACGCUAGCGCUGCAGAUUCAACGACUACGUGAUGUUGAGAUCCCCUCCCUCCAGGUCCAACUCGCCACGAAAGCCAUGGACGCUUCCUUCUGGAAGGAGGCAUACGAGAGCUCCGAAAGAGGCCGCAGAGGUGACCGCGGGCACAUUCGGGACCUCCGUAGCGCUGUUCAGAAAGCAGUGGCGAGGACGUUGAAGACCGAGAAGCGGGCAGACCGUCUUGAUGCGGGAAUGGCGCGCGCUAUUGUCGCAGCUGAGAAACGCGUCGAGAAAGCGAUCCAGACGCGCGGCGAGAAUGCUCUCUUCAACAAGGGGCUGUUCACGCGCGCAGCGAGGAGCUUGACGCGCUUGAUUACGCAGAGCGGCUGCGCGGAGAAGCAUGUUGGGAAGGUCUUGCAGGCGAUGGGGGGCGCGUAUGGCUUCAAGCUGAAGCGGCGUAUGGCGCAGUCGACCGUGCGGUGCAUCAUAACGGAGGGCCUCAUUGCGUCUGAGAUGCAGAGCGGCUACGAGCACGCACGCGCCGAACACAUCCCAGACCUCACCUUUAGCUCGGACAGUACCUCCCACCUCAAAGUCAACUACGACUCGCGCUUCACGGCCAUCCGUGUCCCUGAUUACACGUCAGCAGAGGGCAUAGACGACCAGUAUGCGCAAAACCCGAUUCACCGAUUGCGCUCCCUCGGUCUUACCCACUCGACCUCCCAUCACUCCGAAGUCCAGGUCGUGGGUACACAGCAGAAGAUCAUGGCUAUUGCCGAGACGUUCACAGAAAGUCCUCUUGCAGGGAACUCGGGGCAGUCGUUCGACUCGGAUCAGUUUGCCACCAAGAUGGUUGCCUGCAACGGAGAUCACGCCUCAGACGUGCGAAAGGCGGAGCGGAUGUACUUCGACUGGAAGAUCCGUGUCAACUCUUUCAAGCUCGGGGAGAAGGCGAGGCUCGAGAUGCCUGUCCCAGAGCUCGCGAAUCUCUUCCUCGAAGCGAAGCUGAAGCGCAUCGCGGACCUCGGUGGCCUCAUCGCCUGGCAAACAAUGUCAGAAGGGGACCAGGACGAGCUCGACAUCGAGAUCAUGGAUGCACUUACCACAGUCCUCGGUGGGAAGGCGUACGAGGCGCUCCCUGUUGCGGAGAAGGACGAGAUGGACCGCUUCUUGUGGGCGGGAUGUGUCAUGCACAAGGACCUCAAUACUGUCAAGGGUGGCGCGAAGGGGAUGGAGGCGUACUGGGCUUCGCAUAACCUGGCGGGCCCUGUCCUGCUGCCCAACAAGGACAACGCAGCAGUUCUUGCUUCGGGCGAGACACCACACCCGACAGCUGCGCAGACGCGUGCUACCGAGGCUUCAACCCGUGGCGGGGUGAAGGCGACGCAGCUGGGUGGAUUGAUCUGUCGGAACAAAGACGAUAAGAAGGGUCAGCAGGACAUCUUCAGGUGGUUCUUCCGACGCACGGUGGGACACGAAGUUGCUUACCCAGACACGAGCAACACCCGCUAUCAAAGUCAUUGUAGUGCCGCUGCCGUGCUCCUCGCCUAUCUCGACGUCUUCAAGCAAUUCCUGGUGUUUGUCCGCGAUCGCAAGGAGAAGCCGGGCUGGACGAACAUCGAAUUCAAUUUCUGGAAUGCCUUGCACGACGACAGCACCCUCUGUGAGCUCGUCGCACUCACCGUGUAUGGCCAAGCUAUCAGCCACCCCUACAUGCGGGAAGUACGAGGUCCCGGCACCGAGCACGUCAAUAUGCUUGACCUCGGCGACCUACACCAUCGCAUCCCGACGCAUAUGCGCGACCUCAUCCAGCAGCCCGCGCUCAUCUUCGGAACUGAGGCGACCCACAAGACGGGCUCCCUCGACAGCAAGCCUUGGUUCUUUCCCGAGGCAAUGGUUGCUGUCAGGGUGCUGGCAGCGCGCCUCGAGCACGCAGAGAAGGUGACUGCCGCGUUCCUGCAGGCCGCGGUGGUCACAUUCGAGCGCUUCGCCGCCGAGUUUGCUGAUGGCGGCAAGAUAGCGAGCCUGACGGUGGAGGAUCGUCAGAAAUUGUGGAUUCCAGCCACGAACGACGUGAACGAGGGAGCCCUCGGGACGUACCGCCAGGAGAUGCGCCGCAAGCCGCGCAUGACACUGCUUCAGUUCAACGCGCGCUUCAUCUUCCACCGCAACAAUACGCAGGAAUUCAUGGACCGUAUGCUCACCGAGGAGGAUGAGAAGUAUAUCCGCAAGAAAGCGCGCCAGCGUCUGGCAAUGGGGCUCGAGAGGCAGCGUCAAGAGGAGCAGAUGGAGGUGGAUGAGAAAAGAGCGGAAGAAACGCGGCGGAAGGAGAUGGAGCAGGAACGGGCGCGGGCAGAGAAGCUCGCGCGGGUGAUGUCCAUCACCAUUGUUCUUGACCCGGGUCUCGUCAAGGAGAAGAAGUUCACACUCCCCAUGAUAGACGAGCAGCUCGAUGCCCAUCGCCUCUUUGAUCUCGAAGUCCCAAUCAAGGCGCAUACGGGGACGAAGAAAGCCCAGAGGCUGGAGGUUCUGCUCGGGGCGAUUCGGCGGUACAAGUCGCGCGCGCUCACUUCCCAGGAAGACCCGGGCAAAGGCGGCAGGUGAUUGUGAUGGUGCGACGCAGGAGACAGCCCCCUCUGAGGAUGCAGUGGGUACCGGCGAUGGGUCAGACGGAGAUAUUAUCUAUGAAUCUGAUGAGGGUGACUAUUAAAGUCGGAUUUUACCCCGCU